GUGUAGCAACGCGAGGAACGCAUCCAUCCAGCCUGCAUUCGUUGUUAAAUCCAAAAUAUCUCGAUAAGUUGCCUCCAUAAGAAUUGAGCUGUAAACAAAGAAUUAUUUAUCGAUAUAUUGGCUUGGAAUUUGGUCCACGAAAGUAUUGUUGGCUYCUUUGGGAUUCCUGUGGUAUAACGAUUGCAGCAGGGAUUCCUUUGUCUUCAGUCACGCAACUGUAUCACCACUGUAUGUGCGAACUUGGUUUGAUCGCACAUUAGAUUGAUUGAUCGCACAGUGAUGCCGUGAUCCUGCAUCAAGAGCAAUGUCUGAUACUUCUCCAAGAUUAGAUGUGGUUCGACGUUUGAUAACGCCCAUGUARUGUGAAGARACUUGCUAUGUUAUUGCACACACUUGGACGCCAUCUUGCCUCCUGGGUUCUUUCUCCAUAUUUCGGUCCGUUAUGCAAGAAUCAUUUAAAAUCUAUCCUCCCCUGUAUCUAGUUGCUGCUAUUUUGAGGAAAGAGAAGUUUGAGUAUUUUACCAUGAGAUUUUUCAAAGAUGUUUUUCUAUCUUCACUGGCUAUUGCUAUUAAUGGCAGUGGUUUUGUAGCAGGAGUUUGCUUUACAAGAAAAGUUUUAGGAAGAUUUUAUCUUUUAAGCAUGGCAUUUGUACCUGCAUUACUGGCAUCUUUUGCAGCAAUUAAUGUGGAAAGAAAAGAAAGACAGGGAAUCCUUGCAUUGUACAUGUUUAAUAAUGCAAUUGAGAUGGUCUUCAAUAUGUUAAAGAAACGAGGGCUUAUUUGUAGCAUUCCCUUUGGUGAAGUUUUGCUGUUUUCUUUGACCACUGCAGUGAUGAUGUAUCUAUAUAGGAAAGACGAUGGCUUGAAAAGAGGAGCUGUUAAAUCUCUGAUUAGGUUUUUCAUUGGAACAACGAAACCAGAAGAUGUGAUCACUGUACGGACCGUCCAUCACAGUAAUAGUAAAAUGCUCCAAGAAAUCUCGAUUGACUGCAUACACCAUAGUUUUAAGGCAUUUGUCAUAGGGUACUCCUUACAAUUGCUGACUAACUUGCCAAAUGCAUUGAAACGUCCACGCUCAAUUCCCAAGAUUUUGUUGUAUUCUGACAAUUUUCAAUGUGGACUAUUCUUAGCCAGUCAAAUAGGAGUGUUUAAAGUUGUAGAAUACUUAUUAACGUGGUACAGGAAGAAACAAGAUGGAAUCACAUCAUUUCUUGCUGGUGGAUUAUCAGGACUUUCUAUGAUGUUUUACCGUAGCUCAACAAUUGCCCUCUACUUAGCUUCAAAAAUAGGAGAGAUUAUGUACAAGAGAGGUAUAAAGCAAGGAGUAGUUCCCAGGAUUCCUCAUGCAAAGCUGCUGAUAUAUUCUGUGUGUACGGCUAUGGUCUUCCAUGGAGCAUGUUUUGAAGUUGAAGCCAUUCGCCCUUCAUACUGGAAGUACUUAAAUCAAAUUACCCACAAAAGACUUGGAUUGAUGAACAGAAAACGACUUUCGGCUGUUUUUAGGACUUAGAGGAAAUAGAAGCACUUCACAAAAUGUUUUGUGAGAUCAACCGUGAGAGGCUUGGAGACGUGUUUGAUAUCGACUGUGCAAAGUAUUUUCCUGCAGAUGAUCUCUACAUGUCACUACGAAGGUGACAGUUACCAUAGUUAUCAUCAUGAU